ACCCUAAACCCCCUCCUACCAUGAGAAGAACAUGGAGGCCCUCCUUAACCCUAGCCGAUGCCUCUCCUUCUGUCUCCCACUUUCUCGUUUCAAUGCACCGACCCUUCGGGUCCUCCGCGGCCGCCGUUGCAAUCUCCCCCUUCGAAUCUUUACCCGCCACAAGCCCUACUGCACAUCUUCUUUCCGAGGUCUCCUCCAUCCUCACUCGCCGGAGCUGGCACCGGAGCCACGUCUUAAGGAAACUGGCGCCAUCUCUCACGGGCCACCACGUCACCGAGAUCCUCCAAGGCCUCUCCGGAGACAUAAAUAAAACCCUAGCUUUCUUCCAAUGGAUUGGCGUCAGGCCAGACUGUAAACAUACCGUUGAAUCCUAUGAAGCGCUAUUCAGAAUUCUCAUAAAAGCUAGAAUUUCGAUCAAUCUUUACAAGUUGGUUUUAUCCAUGAUCAAAUCAUGCGGUUCUGCGGAAGAUGCGCGCCGGGCUUUUUCAGUGAUCAGAGGCCUAAGACGUUCUGUCGGCGGACGGCAUGGUUUUGGUGUUAGAUUUGAGCCUUCUCUUUGGCUUUACAAUCUCCUGCUGAAGGCCUUGGCGAGCUUCAGAUUGAUGAGCGAGGUAAAAGUACUGUUUCGGCAGAUGUUUAAAGAUGGAAUUUUCCCGGAUUUGUUUACUUAUAACACCAUCAUCAAGGCAUAUUGCGAUGAAGGAAAUCUUGCUGAGGUGAAGAAGUAUAUUAGGCAUUUAUUGGAUGUUGGAUUGAGACCAGAUUCUUUUACUUAUAACUCUCUGAUAUUGGGGCUUUGUAGGAAUAAUUAUUUGGAAAGGGCUUGCUGGGUUUUCCUGAUGAUGCCUGAAACUGGAUGUAGCAGGAAUGUAUAUUCUUAUACAAUUAUAAUUGAUGGUCUCUGUGAGGCCCAUCAGAUCGAUGAUGCCUUCUUGCUCUUCUCAAAGAUGAAGGAAGAAAGGUGUCUCCCCAAUGUGCACACUUACUCCAUGUUAAUGAAUGGGCUCUGCAAGGAUGGAAAGCCGGAGGUUGCAGAGGAAUUGCUGAACGAGAUUUCGAAGCAAGGUAUCCUCACUAGCACUGCGACAUAUAAUACUUUGAUUGAUGGGUACUCCAAGGCUGGAAAGUUUGAAGCUGCUUUUGGAGUUAAAAAAUUGAUGGAAUCAAAGGGGUGCAAAGCAGAUGAUUAUACUUACGCAAUCAUUAUCAGUUCUCUGUGCAAGGAGAAUAGGCUAGGGGAUGCAGAAGCCAUGCUCGAUGCAGGCAUUAAGAAUGGUUUGAAGUUUAAUGCCUUUCCUUAUACUUGCUUGAUUGAUGGGCAUUCCAAAAGGAAAAAUUUUAUUGAUGCCUUUCGUGUUCUAAAUCUAAUGAAAUUUAAUAAUUGCAAGCCAGAUGUUUAUGUUUAUUCUUUGCUAAUCAACUGUUUGUGUAAAGAGAAUAGACUUUAUGAUGCUAGGAUGAUGUUGAAUACAGUUAUCAGGGAAGGGCUAGUUCCAACUGUUGUUACUUUCUGUCCUUUGAUUGGCGGGUAUUGUAAUACUGGAAAUAUACAUGCGGCAGAGGAGAUUUUAGAACUGAUGGAAUCAAAAGGAUGCAAAGCAAGCACUUGGAUUUAUAACUUGCUCAUGCAAGGAUUUUGUCAGAAGAGGAAUGUGCAUAAGGCAAUGACUUUGCUAAGCAAAAUGCAAAAUGAGGGGUUAUCUCCUAACCUUUAUACAUAUACCUUACUAAUUCAUGGACACUGCAAUGAAGGUGAGGUGGAGAGUGCAUUUAUGUUGCUUAAAUCAAUCGAAUUUAGUGGCAUAGUUCCUGAUCAGCAUAUAUACUCGAUUCUAAUAAACGCCUUAUGUAAACAUGGGAGAUAUGAGGAUGCUCUUUCUCUCUUCAACUCUUUGAAUGAUAUAGGCAUAAAAACAAAUGAGGUGAUCUAUAGUGUGCUAAUAGAUGGAUUAUGUAAAUGUGGAAGGAUUGAUAUUUCUCGGUUGCUUUUUGACAAGAUGGUUUUUGAGGAAUGCUUACCGGAUGUAUACACCUAUAGUUCUUUGAUAGAUGGUUUAUGUAAAGAGAAUAAACUGCAAGAAGCAUUGUCAUUAUUUGGGGAUAUGUUGAAGAAGGGUAUAGAGCCCUCAGCCACAACAUAUACAAUUCUUAUUGAUAACAGAUUGAAAGAUGGGGAACAUGAACAUGCCAAGAGAUUAUUGAAUGAAAUGUGUUCUUCAGGAUGUAAUCCUAAUGCUUUCACAUACACUGUGUUCAUUCGCGCCUAUUGCAGUGAAGGAAGGAUGGAGGAGGUUGAGAAUAUUAUUACUGAAAUGAGAAAAGCAAAAGUUUUGCCUGACUUGACUACCUACACAACCUUGAUGGAUGGUUAUGGAAAUUUAGGGUUUAUGGAUCGCGUAUUUGGUUUAUUGAAAGAAAUGAUUGUUUCUGCAUGUCAACCUGAUUAUUCUAUUUACUUCAUUAUACUAAAACAUCUAUUUAAGAGAAAGCUAGGUGAUUUUAACGCUAAUGACAUUGCUGACGUGUGGAAACUGGUGAAAAUGGACAGCAUCUUGGAGCUUUUUGAUGAGAUGAUUAGACAUGAUUGCUUUCCAGAUCUUAUCUCUUAUAAUGCCAUCAUUUCUGGUUUCUGCAAGGAAGGACGAUUGGAAGAAGCUAGUACUUUGUUUACUAAGAUGAUAGAAAGAGGUUUGGUUCCAGAUGAAGAUACCUAUACGUUUUUCAUUAGUUGUUGCUGCAAUUUAAAGAUGCAUACUGAGGCUUCUUCAUGGAUAGGCUCUAUGAUUGAAUGUGGUUAUCUGCCACGUAUAAGGACUUACCAUCUUCUUCUAAGAGGGCUUUGUGAAGAGGGUAAGUUUGAGGAAGCUAAAGCUAAGUUCCAUGAAAUGCUUGGGAUGGAUUAUAAUUUUGAUGAAGUUGCAUGGAAAGUUCUUAUAGACGGGCUAUUGAAAGAAGGAUUUAUUAAUGUUUGUUCUGAUAUGCUAUCUAUCAUGUUGGAGAGGCACUGCUCUCUUGGUUAUCGAACAUUUGCUCUGUUAAAUGAGAGUUUAUCAAGAGUGUCCAAUGAGGAAGCAAACCAGUUUGAUACUUGAAGGCUAUUUGAUGAUCGAAGUCAUGAUUGUGGGAAUAUCUAUUUGAUGUCAACUCUCCUGAAAGGAGACAUGGCUGGUGACUGAUUAUCUUGCAUUUCGAAAUGAGCGAUGCUUAUCUGGUGUA